AAAAAAAAAGAAGAGUAGGUGUUAAAACCUAAUUGUCGUCUUCUUCUUCCUUUCAAAACCCGGAGAAGAGAUGGAGAGGUUGAUCAAGAGGGAUUUCGUAUCGAGGAAGAGGAAGACAACGACAACUACGAGUACUACUAUAGCGGAGAAGAAGAAGAAGAAGAAGAAGCCAACCCCAAACACAUCUGAUGAAGUGAUAUUGCUGCCACUUCCAUAUGAUUUGGUACUGAUGAUCGUGGCACGCGUUCCAAUAUUAUACUAUCGGACUCUGCCACUAGUCUCCAAGAGCUUUCGAUCUAUGGUGGCUUCACCUGAGCUUUACAAGGUUAGGUCAAUCUUGGGCCUCACGGAAACUUGUCUCUAUGUGUGCUUGAGGUUCGGGUUAACUUCUUACAAGUGGCACACCCUCUCCCUCUCCUCCUCCUCCUCCAAGAGUAGCCGCCGCUAUGUUUUGGCUAGAGUCGCCGCUGAUGAUAAUGAUGAUGAUUCUCCUUGUAAUGUGGGUUUGGGUUAUUCAGAUCUUGUGGCUAUUGGUUCUGAUAUCUACAACAUCGGCCGAGCAGAUAAAGCCUUUCUACGGCCCACCUCUGGGGUCUCGAUUCUUGAUUGCAAGUCUCACACGUGGCGCAAGGCUCCACGCAUGCCAGUGGAGCUAGAUGAGCUUUCCGCCAGGGUCCUUGAUGGAAAGAUAUAUGUGCAAGGACGCUAUCAUCAAGAUGGUUCGUGGAAGAAGUCGUUCGAGGUGUUCGACACGAAUACUCAAACUUGGGAUCUUCCUUGCUGCGGAUUGGAUUGGGAGGGGAUCGCUUGUUGUAUUAUUGACGGAAAGCUCCACGCGGUAACUCGCUUUGAUGGGGUGUUUGCUUUCGAUUCGAAGAAAUGUAGAUGGGAGCUCGUUGAAAAGUAUCCAAGGACGGCUGGUGAUACUAUAUUUUCAGUUUCUUACUGCGAGGUUGAUAGUGUUCUGUAUUCUGUGUCUGGAGACGGAGCUCUGAGAUGGUAUGACUCCGACAAGACAAGGUGGAGAGAUUUGAAGGGUUUGGUAGGGCUGCCUAAGUUGCCCUAUCCUCUUGCUGGUCGUGGCUCUUUUGUUAAAUUGACUGGUUAUGGUGGUGGGAAGAUGAUGGUGUUCUGGAAUAGAAAUUUAAGCAGUCAGUGGCUUAAAAGGGACACCAUAUUUUGUGCGGAGAUAGCGCUUGAAAGAGGCAAUGGAGAUUGUUGGGGGAAACUUGAGUGGUACGAUAGUGUACUUUCAGUCCCUGUGGUUACUGAAUUCGUUAAGGUUCUUGCUGUAACGCUUUGA